GACUCCACCUGCCGCUAGACUAGUGGCCACAUUGUCGCCGUACUCCUUAGUGACUUGCUUGACCGUGGUGGCGAUGAGCUCUGUCUCAUACACCUCCUCCAUUGUCUCUCCAUCGAAGCCUCUCGCUCUGGCGGUGCCAUUCACUCCGUUCUCGGUCAUGACCACAAGGUCAUGAACAUCGACGGAGAUUUCCGCUAUGUCCUAAGGGAAGGCCUCGACGAAUUCCGGCGCUGGGCGAUCUGGUUCGGCGCCGGCCUCUAAUUGUGCAGCCAUGAACCAAAAUUAGUGGCAUUAAGAGAGAGAGAUGAUGUUAAAAAGUUGAAAUUCUAAACCUAUGGAUUGUGAUAUUUGGCCGUAUUUUCUCUUAUAUGGUUGAAUCUACUCUUUGAAAUUUGGGAAUUUUUCUGUUUUUAAAGUAAUAUCAAAAUUUUUGUUCUUGAUUUUCAGGAUCAUUCUGGUGAUGAUUAGAGAAAUAAAGGAUCAUUCUAGCGAUGAUAAGAGAAAUAAAGAUGUUCUCAAUUUUUUGGAUUUCAAAAUUCCAUGCUGCCACAUGGAACAUGAUCCGGCCGAGGCUGACAAGUUGUUGAGAAUCCAGAGGGACUUGGAUGAGACCAAAAUUAUUCUUGUCGUGCAUGUUUCUUUUACCUCAAACAUAAUGCAGCAUAAGACUAUCGAUGGUGUGCUGGCACAAGGGGAAAAGCUAGAUAGUUUAGUCGAGAAGAACUCAGACUUAAGUGUUGCAUCCCAGGUAAGCCCAUACAUGUUAAUUGGUCGGAAACUACAUGCAAAAUGUGUUUUCUGGCCUAGCAAACAGAAUUUCAUGAGUCCAGGUCCGACAUUGAACUAUGCAUAUGGCAAUGCUGAUGAAAAAGAUGACAAUGAGAACAGCUUGGAGGAAGAUUCCGAAAAAAAUGAUGAUGACAAUGAAAAUGAAGAUAGUGGUGAAGAUGACGAUGAUGACAAUGAUUGAAGAUUUAAAUGUUUUGAUUGUUUUCAAUUCUUAUUGAAUUUCAUUUUUAAAACUUUUAUCGAGAUAAUGUUUUGUAAAAAUCUAUAACACUUAA